UAUAUGUCAACUGUUGGUUUUAUUUAAACUAGUGUAUAAAGAAGUUGCCGACUGUUCGAAUUCAUUCGACCUGGCGGAUACUGUUGGGCAAGUCGGUCUUUUUCUCCGGGACUGACGGUCGUCGACCCAGUUUGUUUGGUGACAGCUGAAACUGAAAAUGUAUCAACAUCGAGUCGAUCUCUUGAACCAUGACCUUAAAAUUUGACAAACCUGAAACCACUCAUGGCAGCGUAUAAAAACGGAAGAGGAAGCAAAAAUCAUACGAACGCCCUAGAUGACAAAGAGCAGCUUCUAGAACUCGCGGGAGAUACAUCCAAUACUGCAAUGGAGCCUGUAGACAACAAUCUGCCGUAAUACAAGUAACCAUGUCGAUAUAGAAUCAAACGCUAAAAAAGAUAUGUCAAAGACUGUUACACCAAGACUUACAACAGUCGUAUCAUAAAUGCACCUCUUCUGCUCACACUAGCGAAGAUUUAUUAAUGGUCCAGCAGCUGAUUCUGCUAUUUCCGGAUAUUUGCCCUUUGUCAUUGUUGCCUUACACAUGCCAGCUACGAACGAUUUACAUUUAACGAGCAGCACAAGCCGAAGCUCCGCAAAUAAUUGACAUGGGGGAAGCGGGCGGGCUCAAGACGCAGGAGACUCGUUCGCAUAAAACCGAAUGGUAUCACUUGCUAAAGUUUUUCAUGAUUUUUAAAAGGAGGCACCAUAUUCGAGCUGUUUGCACUUCGUGUCAACCCUCAACUGUUUCAACACUUUUGAGCCAGCCUUUAAAAUUGAACUAAAGUGGGGAACCACUGAACUACAAACUUUUCAUUGCACAUGAGUUGCCCAUAAUGCUCAAAAUUGAUAAUGGUGCCCGCUGGAAAAGCCUCUUAAAUCCUAUCAAUCUGAUAUAUCUCAAAAGUCGCUACAUAGAAUGGUGGUACAGAUGUCUAAGAGUUCUCACACGGCCGCUGUUUUCGACGAUCUCUGCUCCUACGGGUACAUCAUAGAUGGAUCUUUAACCGGUAACUUUAGAUAAAGAGGGAAAGGCAUGAAGAAGGUAAAAAUAAACCAUAUCCGUUUUUUUGUUCUUUUGUAUAGUUGGUCAUGGUAUGCAGAAGCUAAAAUGUGAUAUAUAGCACCCAAAAAAACGAUAGGUCGUUAAAACUGAAAAAAAGAUACCUUUGAAGAAGUGAUUCAUCCAGAUAUAUUUCUAAAUGAGUGUCAAACUAUAUGAG